CCUUAAAACCCUAAAACCUCCAGAGACAGAGAGAGAGACGAUGGAUCACAAGGCAGUUGCGGAAGAGCAAAUCGUAUUGGAGAGGAUUAGGAGAAAAAUCGAAGAAGUAAAUGGAUCUAAUCAGUCGCAGCUCUCUCCUAUUCAAGAACAUAUCAGUUUCACCCUUCUGCAAGCUUAUUUCAAAUGUGCAAACGAAUGCUUUGAGAAAAGAAGAAAGCAAGAGGUGACAACUAACUGUGUUGAGCUCUGCCGUGUUCCCGUUGUCAAUUCUCAACAGCAAUUCGAUAGCGAUAUGGCCAAGUUUCAGGAUAGGAUGAACAGAUCUCUCAUGGUAUGUCAAGACAAAUUCGAGGCUGCAAAGCUACAAAAUAUGAACAGGAUUGAUGCCGCCAAAGAUAUGGAGGGUUGCGUCAACGAUGCAGCUGCAGCGUUACUUGGCGACUAAGCAACAAACGGUGUUAAUUAGGGUUCUUUAAGUAUUUCGUAUUUCUAAGUUGGUUUGGAUUUACUUGUUCUGAAAUAGACUCUAUCGCUUAAG